GGCGCUUCCGCCUGCCCAGAGCUAGGAGAAGCCAACGCCCAAUCGCCCACGCUUCUACCUCCCCCUCCACGAGGUAAGGAAACCCUAGCGCUAGCGACCGGCACCACGACCAUGGCGUUGCUCCCGCGCACGGCGCGCCUGGCCCUCCUCUCCGCGCCGCGGACCUACUCCGCUGCGGCGGCCGCAGGCGCCUCGCCGGCUCCACCCGCGCCGUACGGGGGCGUGCCUCCACCGGCGGCGGGGUCGAAGGCGGCGGAAUUCGUGGUCUCCAAGGUAGACGAUCUCAUGAACUGGGCGCGCCGGGGGUCGAUCUGGCCGAUGACUUUCGGGCUCGCCUGCUGCGCUGUCGAGAUGAUGCACGCCGGCGCGGCUCGUUACGACUUCGACCGCUUCGGCGUCAUCUUCCGCCCAUCCCCCCGCCAAUCCGACUGCAUGAUCGUCGCCGGAACGCUCACCAACAAGAUGGCGCCCGCCCUCCGCAAGGUUUAUGACCAGAUGCCUGAGCCCCGAUGGGUCAUUUCGAUGGGUAGCUGUGCCAACGGUGGUGGAUACUACCACUACUCCUACUCUGUUGUGCGUGGAUGCGACCGUAUUGUUCCUGUGGACAUCUACGUCCCUGGAUGCCCCCCAACUGCCGAAGCCCUACUGUAUGGUGUUCUCCAGCUCCAAAAGAAGAUAAACAGGCGCAAGGAUUUCCUUCACUGGUGGACCAAGUGAAGUGCUAUUUCUAUUCUUGCUUGUUAUGACAAAUGAUAUUGUUUUGUUUUCUACCUGCUCGUCAACUGGAAUAAGAAGGGCCUUGUGCUCGGAUUUACAUAACUUACUGUUGUGCCUGGGAGGAUGUAUACCCGGGCGGGUUGUCCUGUUGAGCAUGGGGCUCGUGUACUUGUUGGUUCCAGAUCAAUGGACAGACCAGUGCUGGAACUGGUUUUGCUUUACAUAUUGUAAUAUACCUUGAUAAACUUCGUUGUGUAAGGAUUUCUUCAAAGUGCAA